CAAAUUUCAAACCAGUCAAAUUUCACUUUACGCGCCGAAAUCAUUUGAGUUGGUUGUACAAGCUUGCGUGGACGUUCUUGUUUUGUUGUUUUGUGUUUCAACGUUGAUAUUUCAAAAUAUACAGUAAAAAUGUCUGAUAACCCUAGCUCUCCGCCACCAAAUACACCCAGCGACAUUGAUCGUCGAAAUUUUCGAUCAGGUAUGACCUCCCCAGUUGGAGAUUUCGAACCGUUCGAGAAUGAAGAUGAGAUUUUGGGGGAUACGACGAUCCGUGAGGAAAAUUAUGACGAGGAUGACGAUGGAGAGGAUCUUUUCGGAGACAAUAUGGAAAAUGACUACCGAGCGAUGCCCAAACUUGAUCGUUACGACAUUGAUCAACUGGAUCAAGAAGAUUACAGUGAUAUUUCACAAACCGAUCGAGCUGCCGCUGAGGCGGAAAUGCGCCGUCGGGAUCGAGCAGCUGGCAUUCAUCGAGACGACCGAGAGCUGUUCUAUGAUAAGAGCGAUGAUGAGGAUGAUAUUCCAAGAGCUAAACGAAGAGCUGCUGAAAAAGCCGCUGCAGGUGAAGUUGAGGACGCUGAAAUGAUCGAAUCAAUUGAAAAUUUAGAGGACACUAAAGGUCAUAGCAUAAAAGAGUGGGUUUCAAUGCUUGGGCCACGCACAGAAAUUGCUAACCGAUUUAAUAGCUUUCUGAGAACGUUCGUAGAUAACAAAGGCCAAUACGUAUACAGAGACAGGAUCAGAAGAAUGUGCGAGCAAAAUAGGUCUAGUUUUGUUGUUUCCUACACUGAUUUGGCUAAUAAUCAACACGUCCUGGCUUAUUUUUUACCCGAAGCACCAUUUCAAAUGCUGGAAAUUCUGGAUAAAGUGGCCAAGGAGAUGGUGUUAAGCAUUUAUCCUACUUAUGAACGAGUAACCAACGAAGUUCACGUUCGUAUUUCUGAAUUACCUCUGUUAGAAGAACUUCGCACUUUUCGAAAGCUACAUCUGAAUCAGUUGGUUAGAACGCUUGGUGUAGUGACGGCCACGACUGGUGUUUUACCUCAAUUGUCUGUAAUAAAAUAUGACUGUGUCAAGUGCGGUUACAUACUAGGUCCGUUUGUACAGAGUCAAAACACCGAGGUAAAGCCUGGGUCAUGUCCAGAAUGUCAGAGUGCAGGACCAUUCUCUAUAAAUAUGGAGCAAACACUGUAUAGAAAUUAUCAAAAAAUUACAUUGCAAGAGUCACCGGGUCGCAUACCAGCUGGUCGAAUCCCAAGAAGCAAGGAUUGUAUUUUACUGUCUGACCUGUGCGACCAGUGCAAACCAGGUGACGAAAUUGAAGUUACCGGAAUUUAUACUAACAACUAUGAUGGCUCACUUAAUACUGAACAGGGUUUUCCGGUGUUUGCUACAGUUUUGAUUGCAAAUCAUCUAGUCGUGAAGGAUAGUAAACAAGUCGUAGCCUCUCUCACCGAUGAAAAUAUAACAAUGAUUCAAAAACUGAGCAAAGAUCCCCGCAUUAGCGAACGUAUUGUUCAAAGCAUGGCUCCGUCAAUUUAUGGACACGAAUAUAUUAAGCGUAGUUUAGCUCUUUCUUUGUUUGGCGGGGAAGCUAAAAAUCAUGGAGAAAAACAUAAGCUUCGGGGUGAUAUUAAUAUUUUACUUUGCGGAGAUCCUGGAACAGCCAAGUCUCAGUUCUUGAAGUAUACGGAGAAAAUCGCUCCAAGGGCAGUAUUCACAACCGGUCAAGGUGCUUCCGCUGUUGGUUUAACUGCAUAUGUUAGACGCAAUCCGACUACCCGUGAAUGGACGUUAGAAGCAGGCGCACUUGUGUUGGCCGAUCAGGGCAUCUGCUUAAUCGAUGAGUUCGAUAAGAUGAACGACCAGGAUCGAACAUCAAUCCACGAAGCUAUGGAACAACAGUCAAUUUCUAUUUCUAAAGCUGGAAUUGUUACAUCACUGCAAGCAAGGUGUGCUGUCAUUGCAGCUGCCAAUCCGAUUGGUGGACGGUACGACCCAAGCAUGACUUUUUCGGAAAAUGUAAAUCUGUCAGAACCCAUUUUGUCCCGUUUUGACAUUCUUUGUGUUGUAAAGGAUGAGUUCGAUCCCAUGCAAGAUCAAUUAUUGGCUCGCUUCGUUGUUGGCUCGCACAUCAAAAAUCAUCCGACCAUGGAAGAUGUUGUACCGGAAUCACAACCCAUCGACAGCAUGCAAAUUCCACAAGAUAUGUUAAAAAUGUAUAUUGUCUAUGCUAAGGAAAAUGUACAUCCUAAGCUCACGAACAUGGAUCAAGACAAAAUUGCCAAGAUGUACUCGCAGCUUCGCCAAGAGUCUUUGUCCACUGGAUCGCUACCCAUAACUGUUCGUCACAUUGAAAGUGUUAUUAGAAUGUCAGAAGCACACGCCAGAAUGCAUUUGCGAGACACGGUUCAAGAUGCUGACGUUAAUAUGGCUAUUCGUAUGAUGUUAGAAAGUUUCAUCGAGGCACAGAAAUUCAGCGUUAUGAAAAAAAUGCGGUCCACUUUCCAGAAGUACCUGUCAUUCCAAAAAGAUCAUUCUGAGUUACUAUUUUUCAUUUUGAGACAGCUGACUCUCGAUCAGCUAGCCUAUCUUCGCUGCAAAGAAGGGCCACGAGCUACACAUGUGGAAAUUAUGGAGAAAGAUCUGAUUGAACGUGCGAAAGCUAUCGAAAUUCAUAAUCUUAAGUCUUUCUACGACAGCGAAAUAUUCAAAAAGAAUGGUUUCUCCUACGAUAUUAAACGGAAAACUAUAUUGCAAAUUGUACCAGAAGCAGCUGAUGCUUGUUAACAGUAUUAGCACUUAACUGCAAACUAUUCUGUGUUUUGCCAUGUUGUACCUACCAAUUCAGAAUUUCUACAAUACAUUUUUUGUGAAUGGUUUUUA